GCACCUAUUGUAUGCCUGACAAGGUUAGACUAUAUCAGUACACUGCAAGGUGUGCAUUGAGCAUGUAAGGGUGCAUAUGUGAGGGUAUGUAAUGGUACAUUUUGUAGGGACUUGUUAGGCUGUUUUUCCACUAGUUUUGUAUCUCUUUAUUGUCUCUAAAUUUUUGCAUUGAUGUUUCUGUGAUAGAAAUAAAAUAAGAAUAAAAAUCAUGUCAAACAAUUUAAAAAAAGUUACAUACAAACAUGCCAUACACAUAGGCUAUAAACUGUCCCUUUUCACUCACCUUCUCUGUUCUUUCUGUGUUUAACACACACACACACACACACACACACACACACACACACACACACACACACACACACUGCACGCAUCGAUCCAUCACCGCCUUGUUUGUUCACGCUGUUGCUGGAGGUUCACCUCUGCUCUGACUGACGCAUGCCCACAGCCUCGCUCCUCCUCUCCCCUCGGUCCCCAUGGUAACGCACGGAGGAGAGAGCAGCUUAGCAACACCGAGACAGCGAGGGAGCAUCUCUGGUCCAGACAGCGCGGUGCCAUCAAUAUUACACACAGUGGAAAACCAAGGAGGCAAGAAGAAAACAGCAGCAGCGCCCCAGGCAAACAUCUCCUCUCCGUAAGUGCCACAUUUUGACAGCAAAAACAUCUCUGGCGCUUUAAUCUGAGAUGUCAGAGUGAGUUUAGUUAAUCGGCUCAGUAGAUCAGGAUGAUGUUCGGGUGAUGCAGUGCUCCAACACGGUGCUGUACGGAGUGAUGCUGCCUCCGAAGAGAGGAUAUUUUUCAGUUGUGUGCAUGUCAGCCUUUUUUCUCUGAGCCGUAAUCUUUUGCAUCGAUCUCCACAGUAAUCAUGAAGUUCGUGGUGGUGCUGGUGGGAGCGGGCACCCUGGCCUUCCUCGGCGCGGUCAUCUGCAUCAUAGCCAGUGUUUAUCCCCGGAAACGCGCCGCGCCUCUCAGCGACAACGGCACCCUGGCGUCGGAGAAUCUGCUGGAGCCCCUGGAGCCCGGGUCGGUGGCACACGCCGGACCGCUGGGCGCUCUGCACGGCGCCGAGUCCUAUGAUGGGGAGAACGGGCUGGGCGGCAUCGGCCUGGAGGUCCCCACUCUGAACGAGCUCAACCUCGGGGAGGAAACCGCCGGUGGGUCCGCUAAACAGUUCAGCUUCAGCCGGUUGAUCUGCACACCUGUACCGGUCGGGGAAUGCAAGACGAAAGACCUGAGGCAGCGGCGGGGGGAGCAGCAGCAGCAGCAGCAACAGCAGGCGGACGAACCGCUGUACGGAGCCGGGGAUGAAGACUGGACUUAUCUCCGGACCACCGCGGAGGAGCUCCGUCAGAUGGUCCUGCAGCAGAACGACCAGAUCCUCAUGGACCAGAGGACCAUCCGGGAGCUCACAGGGAAGCUGAGCGAGUGUGAGAGCGGCCUGGAGGAUGAGAGGAACGUCCCAGAGCGGAGCAUCGGGGUCUGGAGCGGCAACCGCCGCAUCAUGGCCGGGGACGAUGUGAGCUCCUCCGCCGCGGCGCAGCUGCAGACGGCGCGGGCUGUGGAGGAGCUGGCCAGGGCCAUCAUGGACCUGAAGGACCGCAUUGAGAAACUUGAGGCGGAGAUAGGCCCCGCUGCCUUGAACCUCACCGACACAUCCGUGGGUACCAGUGGCAGCAGCAGUAACAGUGGCAGUGCCAGCAGCCCGGCUGGUAACACCGGCAAAGCUCCUGCCCCGCCCACCGGUAGUGCCUCCUCCCCACCUGCAGCGGCUCCUCCAGGGGGUCGCCGUCCUGCCUCCCCCGCUUCCCCUGCCCCCAAAUCCCCAACCAAGGGCUCCCCCGGUCGUGGAAAGGGCACCUGGAGGGUGGAGGACCUGGAGGGGGAGCUGGAGCGAAAGAUCAAGCUGUUGGAGAAGGAGCGUCAGGCCAUGAGGAAGGAGACGCAGGGCCAACAUGAGAAGAUCAACCAAGGCAUCGACAACGCCAACCACCGCGUCACUGAGCUGGAACACACGCUGACAGAGCCGUCGUUCCCCGAUGGCUUUGUCCUCUCCUUCCCCAUGAGAACCAACUACAUGUACGGCCUGGUGAGAAAAGAGAUAACAGAGAUGUACGCUUUCACUGCUUGCGUGUGGCUGAAGGCCAAAGAAGGAGGCAUCGGGACCCCCUUCUCUUACUCUGUCCCGGGGCAGCCCAAUGAGCUGGUGCUGCUACAGGGAGUCCACAACCCUGUGGAGCUGCUCAUCAAUGAUAAGGUGGCGCAGCUGCCCCUGUCCCUACCACAAGACGAGUGGCAGCACAUCUGUGUCAGCUGGACCCUGAGGGACGGGGUGUGGAAGGCCUACCAGGGGGGGAAGAUGAAGGGGAGGGGAGAGGGACUGGCUGCCUGGCAUCCCAUCAAACCAGGAGGGGUCCUCAUACUGGGACAGGAGCAGGAUACACUGGGCGGGCAUUUUGAUGCCUCCCAGGCCCUGGUCGGGGAGCUUUCCCAGUUCAACCUGUGGGAUCGGGUGCUGAAGCCAGCAGAGGUCGCCGCCGUGGCCGAGUGCAGCUCCUCAGCGCUGGGCAACAUCGCCCCCUGGACCGACCACGACGUAGAUGUGUACGGUGGAGCCACCAAGGAGUCUUUGGACCCGUGCCACGCUGCCCAGAGAACCAACCCGUCCAGCCCCAAACAGUGAGGGGUGACUGGGAGAGGUCAGCCAAGGGUGGCUGUGGUGUUUGAUAGGUCAGUUUAGGAGACGAUGAUGUAUAACAAUGUAUCACAUCGGGGUUUACAGUAUAUUUGACGGGGAUGGGAGGCUUACUGGAGGACUGAAAUGUGCCAUGGAGGGAUUAAGCUGUUAAGACCGGUGUAUCUGUUUUGUUUUUAGUGUUGGUGUCCACGCUCAUGUGUUUACUUCUGCAGUGAGAUACAGUGAGUUUAGUCACAGAAUCACCUUAGUGAAGGCUUCAUAGGUGGGUCAACUUCUGGCAUGAACAGGACUCUGAUGGAAGUAUUCCAUAAUAGAUUGAUUUUUGGCGAAAUGUACCACCCUCUCUUUAAAGAAAUGAUCUUUUGUGCCAGUUAACCGUGUGUGGUUAUUCAGGCAGAGGGCUUGAAAACAGUUACGGAAUGAACCUUUACUGAUGCCAUUUCUAAGGGUUUCUUAAUUUUACAACGCAGUGACACAAAGUUCUCGUCUUGUGUCCAGUUGGUUGUGUUUAAUGCUCAAACUGAAUUCUGAGAUGCUAUCAUAUUGAUUUAAACACUCAAUGGGAAACAAAAUGAGUUUUGUUCAUUUUUAACUGUAUAUGAUCCUGUUGAGUAACGUCUGUGUACUGUUAAGUUUUCUACAUUGCAUACCAUGAUCUGGUAAAACAGUGGUCUUAUAAAUGUAUAUUGUGUAAUGUAUCUCUGCUAAUGUUGCUCUGUGCCAGUCUGCUCCUCUCCUGCUGUAGCCUCUCACACACCUCACAGCCCUGCAAAGUUAAGUUGCAGCAUUUUUGUUUGCAGCUCAGACAAAGCAGCGCUCUCGAUCGACCCCUGAAAGAAACACUUGAUGUCUAUCCAAGCACCAAUCAGACACUGAAAUUGUGACGAACCUGAGCGGGUUUGGUAAAACUGUGUUGUAUUCCUGAAUGUAAAGCAGGUGGAAUGUCAGUGUAUUUGCAUGAGCGAAGUCACAUUUCUUCUCACUAAAGAAACAAACUCAAAAAGUGUAAAUUACAGUGUUGGUGUCCUCACGCUGCCCCACACUCUGAAACACACAGAUGUCUUUUUGGUAAAUCAGAUCCUCACAGAAUACCUGACAGUAAUGGAGGUGUAUGAAUUAGAUUAUUCCUAUGGUGGCCAUUUUGCAUUCAACAUCUGACUUGGAGGAUCAGAACAAAAAAUAGGUACUUUAACUCUCUUUGCAAACGAUCGAAAGAACAAACAAGAAAAUAUGAGCAAAUGUUAGGAUGCAUUUAUUUGUUUUCAAACCUGAUGCAUUUUUUCUGUCAUGACAGUCCAUGUUAUGAUCAUUUAUGUGGCCAAAACUACCACUCUUUUACUACAAAAUACUUAAUGCUACGUUUACCAAGCCCCCAGGGGCAGGGCCUUGAAACCUAUUACACAUAGUGGCCAAACAUGGAAUUACAACUUCCACGCCCAUCACAUGAUGCCAUUGGGUGCAAAAGGCUUUUCCCCACAAACUAACACUGCUGAAUCCAGUUCUCUCUAUACAUCCAUGUAGGGCUGCCCCCGACUAACUAUUUUCCUGGUCAACCAAUAGUCAUCAUUUAGGGUCAUUAGUCGACUAGUCGUCCGCAUCUUUACGAUAUUGAUUUAAAUAUUAAAUGAUAUAUUUUGGGCGGGGCAACACAAUGGUUUGAGUUGAAGGUGUGAGAAAGAAUAGUAUCAGUAACAUUGUUAACACUGUGCUACAUUACAGAGAAAUACAAAACCGUACUAAUGAAGCUUCAUUAAUAUAGGCCUAUAUUUUAUCUACAAGUGCACGUCACACACUGAGCGAGCCGCCUGUUAAUGACGCUGUGGGCUAAUGGGCAUGUAGCUACUUCCAUGUUUCAGAUGAUACGUCAUGUUUGUAGUCGACCAAUGAAGAGUUUACAUAUCACCUUGGGUUCGUCCUUCACCUUCUCAAAAUGAUCCCACACUUUGGAAGAUAGAUUACUUGUCAAAAGGAAUGUAAUUCUGCACUCUAAAUGAAAGUAGAGUUUGUUAUCUACUGGGAAAAAUGGUGCAGCAAAGUUGUUUAAUGUUGGACCUUCGACACUGUAAAUUGUAUUUUAUAGAAAUUGAAGUAACUUCCAUAUGAUUGGGACCCAACAGCUGGAUUAAGAUGCAAAUGCUAUAUUUAUCCUGAGAAAAAACAUGAUGCAUGAUGUUUACCUUCCUCAUUAGAGCACCUCAAAGUAGCCACGAUUUCAGCCUGAGGAACACCAGGUCGUCCAAGUCAAUAAUCUGCUUGACUUUUAGCCACAAUCCAGUAUUGCUAUAAAUUAGUUAGCUACUGUGUAGAGGGCAAAAUAUAUUACUUUAGACUGUGAUGUUAUGUCCUCCAGUAUCUGGCAUCAGUUUAGUUUUCAGUUGGGAGACUGUGAGAUAAUUAUGUUUCUCAUAAUUUGCAUCUUUUUACAUAAACAAGACAAUUUGGAUUUGCUUACUGUCUUGUUUUGAGCUCAGUGCAAAUUCAAAAUGGACAUCAUAGGAAUAAUAUUUAGAGAAGAUGGACACUGUCAGGGGUGAGGGUUUGAUUCCCACUUUGGCCAACCACACUGAACAUGUAUCCAGUCAACACUGUGCAGUAAAGUGAACUGUAGUUCAAAUACAAUUUCACUUAUUACCUCAAGACAUCAGCCCCACAUGUGAUUUUUCACCCAGUUGUAAAGUGCCUGCCUGGGCUCUCGUGCCCGAAAUAAUAGUGAAAUGUUUUUUAUGUUUUCUUCUUCUUCUUCGUCGUCUCUUUUUUCUCCUUCUCUCUGUCUCUUUCUCUGUCUCUCUCUCUCUCUGUUGCUUUUGGUUGUUGAAGGCUGUGAAAGUGUUGCGCUUGUCCUUAUUUGCAUCUUCAUGGAUCUUCUAUGAUAUUGUGAAAUAGAUGGAUUAAAAAAAUAAAUAAAUAAUAUGGU